AUGACAUUAAAUCAGCAGCAAAAAAAGGUGAUUGAUCAUCUUACUCAAAUUGAGGAAGUUGGUGAGUUGAUUCUGGCCAAACAGGAACAGUGCGUUUCUUGUGAUCGGAGUCGUCAAAAAACACGGGAGGCAAUUCGUGCCCUAACUAAACUGGAUGGCUCGAACAAGCAAUGGGCUUGUUUAUCCAAUCAAUUCUUCCUUCUUCCUCGUGAGCCCUUGAUCACCGCUUUACGAGAAGAUAUGAAAGUUUAUGAUUCUGAGAUUGAGAAGACUCGACAGCAGAUAAAGGAGGACAUGCAGCUACUCAAUGAAUUGGAAGAAAAGGAGCCUUUGAAAGGAUUUGAUCUGAUUGCUUUGUCCAAGGCUGAUAUCCCCAAUAUCGCACCGUUCGAUCCGGCCGAGGAUGUUCGAAUGAAACAGGAUUCACUAAAGAAAAACAAGCUGUUCGCCUGGACUCCUGCGCACGGUCAAUGCAGUGUGAUGUGCUUUCAUCCGCGAUCAGAUUUGACUCUGGCUUUGAUGAACCAAAAUGAAGUAUUACGAGUAAUCCAGGCCUGGUGUAAGGUUACAAAUGAGUGUCGGACUAAGAAGAAAGGUUGUCGCUGGUUGCAAAUAUUCGAGAAUCGGGGAGCUGCCGUUGGUUCUUCCAACAUGCAUCCACAUUGUCAGAUCUGGGAAUGUGGAUUUCUCCCCUCCUUGGCGAGUCGCUAUGAUCAAAACCAGUGGGCAUACUUUAAGGAACAUCAAAUUCCUCUCCUAGUGGACUAUGCUCAUCAAGAAGAGGAAAAGUUGGGUCAUUCUGAUUGCCGUAUUGUACUUCAAAACGAGCACUGGUUAGUAUUGGUACCUUGGUGGGCUUGUUGGCCAUUCGAGACGAUGAUCUUACCCCGGAAUCGUCAUAUUCGUUGGUUAGACGAACUCACAUCUACCGAGCAGGACAGUCUGACAUAUAUAACGCGUGAGCUGCUUAUCCGGUACGAUAAUUUGUUCCAAACGGAAUUCCCCUAUUCAAUGGGUUGGUACCAGGCCCCCAUGAACAAUGUGGCCACCGAUUUGUGGUGCUCCGCGUCAAGUUAUCGGGAACAGGCACACUGGCAAUUGCAUGCACUGUUUCAGCCGCCGCUUCUCCGAUCAGCCACAGUGCGGAAAUUCAUGUCCGGUUUUGAACUGCUUGCCGAAGCACAACGAGACGUACUGCCUGAGCGAGCAGCUGAGCUAUUGCGUCAGACUCCAGCAGUACACUACACACAGACAGUUAAACAAUCAUAG